CUUUCUUCGAAGUCUUCACCAAUUGUCCGACCACUAUCGGCCCCCCUCUAUAAAUAAAGGCCAAAUGCAUUUGCACCACACCUUUGAUAUUAUUUAUUUGAUUCUAUUUUCCAACAUUCAUUGCGAGCUCCAACCUCUCAGCCUUUUCUCGAUUCAUCAAUCCGGUCAACUCAUCCAGCGCCGGUUUGGUAUCACGAGCGGUCGUCGUCGGCUGGAAGGAAAACAUCCGCGUCUGCUCGCCGUCUGAUUAUCGCGCCAAUCAUGAAUCCGGAAUACGACUACUUGUUUAAGCUUCUCUUAAUUGGAGACUCAGGUGUUGGAAAGUCAUGUCUUCUCCUAAGAUUUGCUGAUGAUUCAUACCUUGACAGUUACAUCAGUACAAUCGGUGUUGACUUCAAAAUUCGAACUGUGGAGCAAGAUGGGAAGACCAUUAAGCUUCAAAUUUGGGAUACUGCUGGACAAGAACGAUUUAGGACUAUAACCAGCAGCUACUAUCGUGGUGCACAUGGAAUCAUAAUAGUAUAUGAUGUAACUGACAUGGAGAGCUUCAACAAUGUGAAGCAAUGGUUGAAUGAAAUCGAUCGUUAUGCCAGUGAGAAUGUAAACAAACUUUUGGUAGGUAACAAGUGUGACCUUGCCGAAAAUAGAGCCGUCCCUUACGAGACAGCUAAGGCUUUUGCUGAUGAAAUCGGCAUUCCUUUCAUGGAGACUAGUGCCAAGAAUGCCACUAAUGUUGAACAGGCUUUCAUGGCCAUGUCCGCUGACAUUAAGAACAGGAUGGCGAGUCAGCCAGCAUCAAACACUGCUAGGCCACCAACAGUGCAGAUUCGUGGACAACCGGUGGCCCAAAAGAGUGGCUGCUGCUCUUCUUAGUGUGGAAUUGCUGUUGACCAUGCCUCUGCAGACUGCUGGUUGAAGAAGAAAAAAUUGGCACAUUCGGAUAAAUAUAUCGUGUAAUUUGUGACUUUUGUUGGAAUUGAAAUUCGGAUGUUCUUUGCAUAAGUUGCUCUUGCUUUCUUUUGUUAAGACAUUAUUAUAUUUGCACUGUUGUUUAUUUGGUUAUCUUUUAGAUUUAUAACAUAAACUGGGGAGCAUAUAUGAAUUGUGCAUGCCCAAGCCUUAUAGGCCCCUC